AGGGCUGUAACUGGGAUUUUGCCAAAGCAAUGCAUGCUGAUAAGCCUCUGUUUGGGAACAACCUCUCUAUUGUGGUGUAAAAAAAAAAAAAAAAGGCACCGCACAUCCCAGAUUCCGUUCCGAGAGCCCAGAGAACAUCGCUCCAGCGCCUGGUGCUUUGCAGAGAUGCCUCUUGGAAGACAAAUGCAGUUUAUGCUUUUGUUCAGCCGUCAGGGGAAGCUGAGGCUUCAGAAGUGGUAUGUGCCUCUGUCUGACAAAGAGAAGAAGAAGAUCACCAGGGAGCUGGUCCAGACCGUGUUAGCCCGCAAGCCGAAAAUGUGCAGCUUCCUGGAAUGGAGGGAUCUGAAGAUCGUCUACAAAAGGUACGCAAGCCUCUACUUCUGCUGUGCCAUUGAAGAUCAGGACAAUGAGCUGAUUACACUGGAAAUAAUCCAUCGUUACGUGGAGCUUUUGGACAAGUAUUUUGGCAGCGUGUGUGAACUCGAUAUCAUCUUCAAUUUUGAAAAAGCCUAUUUUAUUCUGGACGAAUUUCUGCUGGGAGGAGAAGUUCAGGAGACCUCCAAGAAAAACGUGCUCAAAGCCAUCGAGCAGGCGGAUCUUCUGCAGGAGCCACGGCAUGAAUACUUUAAUGUGCCUGUGUAUUAAAUGGCUCCACUCUCCAUGCAUGCAGAAUUUCAGAGGAAUUGAACUGGACUGAGCGGUGCUGGAAGUGUCUGGAUUGGUGGAACCAUCCAUCUUGCUGCCGGCAACUCACUGUUCUGUGUUUUGUGUUCCCAUUCAUGUGUUCUGUCACAUUUGUCGUGCACUGAGCGCUCAUUCUUUAAGUAGCGGUGACUUUCUAACAAGCCUGACUUUUUAGAUGUCGGUAUCAGUAACCAAAACACUGUCAUUCAUUUUACAGAAUGGAAAUGCCACAUUUCUAAAGGUGGCCAUAGACUUACAGACAUAUCUGUUGCAUAUAUGUAUACCUGUAAAUCUGAUGAUUGAGCUCUAAUGUAAUGUAAUGAAAACAAACGGUCAGAGGAUAGAUCAUAAUUGUUACGUCUAUGGCCACCUUUAGGCAUUUACAACCACAUAAACAUAUACUGUACAUAACAUAUAAUUCAUCUUGUAGAACCAACAUAUCUCACCUAUUCACAGACCUUGUCUACCCAUCUUACUAGUAAAAGUACUUGAUGUCAAACAUUGUGGCACUUACAGAUAAGCUGUGCACCCACACAUACAGGCACACACAUUCACUCUAUGGUUAAUUAGUGUCUUUCCAAAUUGAGGGCAGAAACCAGAAAGCCCAGAAGAAACCUGUUCAAACACUGGGAGAACAAAUUUCACUGUGAGAUUUAGCCAAGACACCUCUGUACAAGGUAGAAAUAUUAUUAGAUUUGACAUGCUGAGUUCCUUAUCCUUACUCUAGGUUUGAGACAGUUUGGUUGGCCAGUAGGAAAAACGUAACAUUAAGCUGUACUGUAGUAAAGUCUGAUAGUAUGUGUUUUUUUUUUAUUUCUGGAAAACUCCAGCCCAUCAGCUCUCAAUACACAUACCACUUGUGCUUGUUCCUAGUCUGUUGCAACUUAGUGGCAUGUUCAUCACACAGUGCAAAUAUCAGAGCCCUGUACAUAAUUGCUGCCUUUAAGUACUGGGCUCUAAUGGGCCUCUGACAGCCCCUCUGUGCAUGUUUUGAAUGGCACAUAAGGAAGGGUAAGAAGAAAAAUUUCUGGCACUCAGUGCAAGCAGCCAAGCCCUGCGUGUUUAUUGAACG